ACCUGAAAUGUAAAACAAUUCCUCUUCUGAAUCCCAUAAGACCAUACUUGCCUACCUGACCCUCUAAAGACUGAUAUAUGAGGAAGCAUUGGGAGGAGCAAGAUGGCGGCGCUGUGACUUCCGGUGUGCACUACCGUGGCUCUGACCGGGGUGUACUCGGUGUCACUAGGUGAUACAGCAAUGUAAGACGGUGGUAGAUGAUAGUUACCGGGACAGGCCAUGGGAAAGGCAUCCCCAGGACCAGACACACGUCCUAUACGUGCGGAACUAUGUGCGGGAUCUGCUGUCCCCGGGGGACAGGUUUCCGUGUGACACUUCCGGUGGGCUGCGGCGGCUUCCCCGAUUUUUUUGAAUAUGGCGGCAAGUGUUGACACCCCGAAGCGGCGGAGCCUCCGGCUGCUGGCAGAGGGCGGGUCCGCUGAGGUCUCCCCGGCCCUGGUGACACCUGAUGCCCGGGCCCCGGGGCCCCGCACCCGUAUCUCUGAGGAGAACCGGAGCCUGGUGUCCUCACAUAGGAGCGGCAACAGGUCUCCGAGGAGAGUGUCAGAUGGGGCCGGGGGGCAGGAGACAACCACCAGGAGGAGGAUUUGGGGGCACCUAGAAGAUGGGCCCCCAGGAGAGAAGGGGCCCUCGACUAUACCCUCCAGCGAUGCCCAGGGGCCACAGACAGAACCCUCAUGCAGAGCCCAGGGGCCACAGACAGCAGAACCCUCCAGCAGAGCCCAGGGGCCACUGACAGAACCAUCCAGCGAAGACACGGGGCCGGCCAGAGGUAGACGCUCCACUGAGAUCGGGGCCCAGAGCCCGCCGGCAGCUGGCGAGAACCCAACUCAUAGAGUUGAUGCAAAGCCAUGGAGAAGCCGACGGGGCUCCCAGGUCAAUGGUGGAGAGAGCCGCGGAGACGUUGGCUCACCCCGUAGUGGUUUGGUACUUCAGAAGGCAACACCUUCCACAGUGGCCAAAGGAAUAGAUCCUGUAGGUCCCGGACCCUCCCCCAUGGCCAAAAGAACAGAUCACGUGGGACCUGGACCCUCCCCCGUGGCCAAAAGAACAGAUCACGUGGGACCUGGACCCUCCCCCGUGGCCAAAAGAACAGAUCACGUGGGACCUGGACCCUCCCCCGUGGUCAAAAGAACAGAUCACGUGGGACCUGGACCCUCCCCCGUGGCCAAAAGAACAGAUCAUGUGGGACCUGGACCCUCCCCCGUGUCCAAAAGAACAGAUCAUAUGGGACAUGGACCUUACACCGUGACCAAAAGAACAGAUCACGUGGGACCCGGACCCUCCCCCGUGACCAAAAGAACAGAUCACGUGGGACCCGGACCCUCCCCCGUGACCAAAAGAACAGAUCAUGUGGGACCUGGACCUUACACCGUGGCCAAAAGAACAGAUCAUGUGGGACCCGGACCCUCCCCCGUGACCAAAAGAACAGAUCACGUGGGACCCGGACCCUCCCCCGUGACCAAAAGAACAGAUCACGUGGGACCCGGACCCUCCCCCGUGACCAAAAGGACAGAUCACGUGGGACCCGGACCCUCCCCCGUGGCCAAAGGACCAGAUCACGUGGGAACUGGACCAUCCUCCACUACCAAGGGAGCAUGUCCAUCCAUGGUGCCUAAAGAAAAGGAUCAUGAGGGACCUGGACCUUCAUCCGUGGCCAAUGAAAUGCCAGUCACAAGGAGCAGGAGUUCCAUGGGGUCCACAGAUCUUGAAAAGGCAGGACCCUCAUGUGUCCGCAAGAGCAAGAAAGCGAGUCCCCCCAAGCCGAAUGCUGCAAGAGAUCACAAUAAAACGGGCCUGUUAAAGGCUAAUGAAUCCGACCACGGUAGUCCUGUAAAACAUGGAAAGCCGCCACCGGCUGGCGCUAAACCGUGCGCUGCUUUUCCAAGAGACCACAAGGUCCACUGUUACUCUAAGAAGUUACUGCAGGAUGUUUUGGCAAAGUGCACCGAGAUCGGCAAACAAGUUCUGGAAAGCCAACAGCAGCUGAGUCCGGACCGGAGGCAGCUGGAGCUCCGCAACUUUGUCUGGGAUUUUGAAACAGCCUUUCAAGAGAACAUCAGUAUUAAUGGGCAAUCCUGGCACGAAGCCCCAGACAGUGAUGGUGAAUCCGCUAUUAAAAUACUAGAAGACCAACUUGAUGACGCCAUAAUAGACACGGCGGUGAAAAGACGCCGAUACCCAAAUAAAGUCAAGAGACACUUUGUGAGAGAGCUGAAGGCGGAGCGGGAGCUGCUGGAUCAUUAUAAACCGGUGGUCAAACCACAGGAGUUGAAGCUUGAUGUAUCACAUGAGUUCUCCAGGAUGUGUCUCAUAGAGAAGGCCGACAUCGUGUUUCAGCAGAUCAACGAAACAAUGAAGGCACUUCCAGUUCAGCUGGAAAAGGCAGAAGGAUUCUCCCAAGUUCUCAGUCUCCAGCCUGCUCUGGAGGCAUGUCACCUGAGACGAAACAUCUUCUCAAGUCGUGUUGUAUUGGAGGACGUGGCAAAGACUCAGCCAAAAGGACUAGAAACCACCCCCACUGAUAAUGAGCCUCAGACAAAAGCCGCGCCUGCGCUGAAACUCAAAAGACAGCUAAAUCUUUCUACCCCAAAUAGUUUAUAUCCAUUGCGUUCAAAGAGAAAGAUCAGUCUGGAGACAUAAAUGCUUUCCUCGUUUGUAACUUGUUAGCCCGGAGAGGCUUAUAUUUGUGUUUCAUAAACGUUUUUUUAAUUUAUUUCUAGUUAAACUUCCAAUCUGAUCAUCGAAAUUAUAUUAACCCGUCACUCAGCAGUUCAUUAGUGGCGAGUACUGGACCGGGCGGUCAGCCGCGGCGCUGUUUCUCAGUUAUGUUAGCUUUAUGUUCCAUUGAAGAGGUAGACGUUUCACCCUGGGAAUAGAAAGGGAUAUCAGGUUGUAGUAGUCCAGUCCAUAGUCCAGUCCCGUUACAGUGUCUGCGCAGCAAGCUGCGUUAUAGCCGGUGAAUCCGACCGUGGUCUGUAAUCGCUGCAGCUUUAGGAUAAUUAAAGGAGAUGGUGAUAUUCUGCUAAAACGCAGUUCUCGCUUCUGUGAGUAUUAAUGUGCGACCAGCAAAUAUAUAACAAUGCCUCAACGCGGGCAGCAGCUCUCUGUACAGUGGGCGUUGUAGUUCAAUACUUCUGUUGUAGAACUACAAGUCCUGCCGUACCAAGCAGGGUUUACCAGGGAAUGCUGCGACUUGUAGUUCCACAACUUCUGCAGAGUCCUAGCCUGUCUGCUUUUUUGCUAUACAGUGAUUGCACAUCUUCAUGUUCGUUUGUGAAUGUCUCGCAGAUUAAUAACUAGCACAUGGUCCAUUUGUAGCACUUUGCUUUCCAAGCGCAUGUAUAUUUCAGAACACAAAAUAUAUGUAUAUAUUCUUCACUGUUAAUGUCUCUGGAAGAAGGCAGCAUUAAAGUGUAUUUACCGCUGUUUUGCUUUAACCGUUAAAUGUAAAAAGUAUACGUUGGCGCGGUAUGAAAAGCACUCUUGGAGCGUCCACCUAUGGAGUGAAGUUGGUUUGUACAUACUGUCCUGCAGCGAUGGAUCAGCAUAGGAAUAUAGAGGAACAAUAUAGCUGGGCAUACACUAUACAAUUAUCUGACAGACCAUCUGUCCAGUCUGGCUUGUUGGAAUGAAAAUCUGAUAAUGGAUUGGCGCAAAUGCCAAUCGACCAUUUGCUUCAAAACACUGGAAAUUGGACAAACACUCUUUCAAAUUGGUUAAAUCAAUGAUUUAACCAAUUUGUCGGAACGACCAUUUUUGUCCGUUUCCUAGUGUUAGUUGACUGUCAUUCGCUCCCAUCCAUUAUCAGAUUUUGAUUCCAACCAGCCAGAUUAGACAGAGAUGGCCUGCCAGAUAAUUGUACAGUAGAUGCCCAAUUUAAAAUCUGAGGCAUGUUCUACCUCGAGAACACUAGUGUAUAAGUAGUGACCAUGUCUAGCAACCCUGACAAGGGAAGAAUUUCCUAGAAAGCUGUUUUUCAUAUUUACUAAAGGUAACUCCAAUCAAAAAUUAUUUUCCAUUUAUGCUGUUAGUCCAAAAAUGUUUUUAAUUAUCUAUUGACACAUAAAACAACUUCUGCCUGAAAUUCCCUUCUUAAAACUCAAAUGUGCCAUUUCUGCAGUGCCAGGGAUUAAGUACUGAUACUCCUUAGAAACAUAGGGGGUAAUUCCAAGUUGAUCGCAGCAGGAAUUUUUUCAGCAGUUGGGCAAAACCAUGUGCACUGCAGGGGGGGCAGAUAUAACAUGUACAGAGAGAGUUAGAUUUGGGUGUGUUAUUUUAUUUCUGUGCAGGGUAAAUACUGGCUGCUUUAUUUUUACACUGCAAUUUAGAUUGCAGAUUGAACACACCACACCCAAAUCUAACUCUCUCUGCACAUGUUAAAUCUGCCUCCCCUGCAGUGCACAUGGUUUUGCCCAACUGCUAAAAAAAAAUUCCUGCUGCGAUCAACUUGGAAUUACCCCCAUAGAGACAAACUUCUGACUGCACUAGUUAUUGGCAGUAAUUGCUACAGUGUCAGUUCUGGACAGCUGCCAAGUCAUGUGACUGCAGCAGCAGUGUGUUUCUGUGUCUUGAGGAGGCAUUUUGAGGCAGAAGUCUUCCGCCGAUUAUUAGGAAUUACUCCAGCAAGUUGUAGCGAGCAGAGUAAUAACAUUUAAUUAGACAAUACAUUAUGAUUUUAAUUAGGCAAUAUAAUUUUAUUCUUUUAGCACAACUGGAUAGCAGAGCAUUUUGGAGUGGGUGGACGGAUGGAUGGAUAGGCUGAGUGAAGUUAUUUACUGGCACAUGGAAUAAUAUUUCCCCUACUACUAAAACAUCUUCUAGUUCUUUUCCGGAUACAGUUGUCAAUGAUUAUAUUUAAAACUGGCUUCAUUAUAAAACUUUAGGUCCCUCAGUGGAGUAUGUGUUUUAUCUCUUCAUAAGAACUUAUGUUUUAGUUAUGAGUUUCCUCCUUUCUGGAGAAUUUGUUUCCUGUGACUAAACGCUGUGAAAGUUUCAGAGAAAAUGUUUUUGCUUACCAAGGGACGAGUCUUAUAAACCUUUAGACUUCGCCAAACCUGGCUGAUGUUUUAAGCGCUAGACUGCAAUUUAAGAUGAUGUUGUUAUUUGCUCUCCUUUGAUGCGCUGUUUUGUAUAUUUCACAACGACACCUUGUAAGUAACCAUAAUAAUGGUAUAGCUUUUAUCUGUAUAUUUGUAAAUACGCAUUUUGUUAUAUUUACAUGAGAAUUAAAAGUGUAAUUUGUGUACUGUUAUAUUGUCAGUCCCCACCCUUCCCAGGAUUUGCCUACAGGAACCGAUCCAUCCUCUCCUUCUGUGCUAGAGAUGUUGCCAAGAUGAUGAUGUUCACGCUAAAGUGUUCUUCUUUUGUUAUUAUUACAUUUUAUUUAUAAGGCGCCAUACGUAGUUUGCAGCGCCAUACAUAUGGCAGACAGAAUAAGACAGGGUGCUCAGAAAAUAACAUUACAGUAACUGAGAAACUAAAACAGAGCACAGGUAACAAUUACCACCACAGUACUCCAUACACACUACAGCUGAGGUGUAAGGAAGCAAAGGAGUAAGCGGCGUACUACUGGGGCCGGUCAUUCUUUGGAAGAGAUGAACGUUAUGAGUGAGGGGAGAUGCAGGAAUAGAUGAUCGCUGAGUAGGUGAGAGCUGUAAUUGAAGUGCGAGAAAAGAGUGCCCCGAUCCAAAGAGCUUACAAUCUAGGGGGAGACAGACAUGAGGCAUGAGUAAGCGGAAGGCGCCCUGAUGGCAGGAAGAAAGCGAGGCAGAGAUGACCAAGGCAUGAGGUCGGGAGAGUGGCCUCAAGAUUGGGUAAGGCGGAAGGGUACGAUUUGAUGAAUAGGUGGGUUUUCGGUGUCCGGUUGAAGCUUUGCAAGGUCGGGGAGAGUCUAAUGGAGCGAAGGAGCUUGUUCGAGUGAAGAGGGUCAGCGCGGGCAAAAUCUUGAUUCAAACAGAUGCAGUGACUAGUGUAGAGGAGAGGGAGGGAGUAUGUAGGGAGAUAAGGUUGGAGAUGGAUGGUGCAGUGGAAUUAGAGAGAGCAUUGUAUGUGAGGGUGAAGAGGAUUCUGUGGGGGAAUGGGACCCAGUGCCGAUUUUGUCAAACGGGACUGGCAGAUGGAGGAGAUGAUAAGUCUAGCUGCGGAGUUGAGAACAGAUCGUAGUGGAGCGAGGUGGGAGGCCAGUGAAGAGAAUGUGCAAUAGUCGAGCCGUGAGAUGACCAGUGUGUGGAUAAUAAGUUUAGUCGCACUCUAGGAGAGGAAUGGCCUGAUCCGAGAGAUGUUGUGUAGCUGAAAUCGACAGGAUUGAGUCAGAGAUUGGAUGAGGGAGGAGUCAAGAGUGACGCUCAAGCAGCGUUGGGGAACAGGGAGGAUGAUGGUGUUGUCAACAUUGAUGGAGAUAUUGGGGUGGGGUUGAGACUUUGGAUGGGGUAAAGAUGAUGAGGGUUAUUUUUGUCCAUGUUGAGCAUCAGAAAGCACUCUGACAUCCAGGAGGAGAAGGAUACCCGGGAGAGGAGAGGUAGAGGUGUGUAUCAUCUGUGUAGAGGUGGUAUUGAAGUUUGAAGCAGCUUAUGAGUACACCCAUGGAAGAGGUGUACAGGGAGAAGAGAAAGGGGCCAAGGUCAGAACCCUGGGGGACACCCACGGGGAGGACGGAAGGGGGUGAGGUGGAGUCUGAGACAGACACCAUGAAGCGGUUAGCAAGGUAGUUGAAAAGGGCAAGAACUGUGCCAGAGGCUAAUGAUCUGUAGGAGAAGAUGAGCCACAGUGUUGAAGGCAGCAGUGAGUUCCAGGAAGAUGAGCAGAGAAGUGACUCCUGGAUUUGGCCAAAAGCAGGUCAUUGGUGACUGACCAUGGCAGUUAAGGUUGGGUUUUUUCAGAAUAUGUGGGACAAGAGCGUGUUUGAAUGACGAUAGAAAGAUGCCGGUAGAGAGUGAUAGGUUGAAGAGGUGAGCAAGGUGGGAACAG